AGUGCGGCGAGGGCUGUCAAGGCGUGGGGCGGCUUCUGAGCGGUUUAAAGAGCCAGGUCAGCUGACCGGCCCCAGGCAGUCACCUCCCGGCGGGAAGGUGCCCGAGUUAUCUGGCUCCGCGCGACUGGCUGGUGGUGGAGUCGGCAUGCCGUGCUUCUGCGAGGGCGCGAGAUUCCGGGCGUUGGCCGCGGUCUUUCUGUUGCUCUUGUCACUGGCGGGGCUGCAAGCAAGGGCUGAGAACGACUUCAGCCAGGUGCAGCCCCUGGUGACCUUGGAGCAGCUGCUAUGGGUGAGCGGCCGUCAUAUCGGUGCCGUGGACACCUUCCGCAUCCCGCUCAUCACGGCCACCCCGCGGGGCACACUGCUUGCCUUCGCCGAGGCCAGGAAGAUGUCAGCGUCCGACGAGGGCGCCAAGUUCAUCGCGCUGCGGAGGUCCACGGAUCAGGGCAGCACCUGGUCCUCCACAGCGUUCAUCCUCGAUGAUGGGGAGGCGCCCGACGGGCUCAACCUGGGGGCGGUGGUGAGCGACUCGGAGACAGGAGUCGUGUUUCUCUUCUACACGCUGUGUGCCCACAAGUUCCACUGCCAGGUGGCCUCCACCAUGUUGGUGUGGAGCAAGGACGACGGCGUUUCCUGGAGCGCACCCCGAAACCUCUCCAUGGAUAUCGGCACUGAGAUGUUUGCCCCUGGCCCGGGCUCUGGCAUUCAGAAAAAGUGGGAGCCUCGGAAGGGCCGGCUCAUCGUGUGUGGCCACGGGACGCUAGAGCGCGAUGGGGUCUUCUGUCUCCUCAGCGACGACCAUGGUGACACGUGGCGCUAUGGAAGCGGGAUCAGUGGCAUCCCCUAUGGCCAGCCCAAGCUGGAAAAUGACUUCAACCCCGAUGAGUGCCAGCCCUAUGAGCUCCCAGAUGGCUCGGUUAUUAUCAAUGCCCGGAACCAGAACAACUACCACUGCCACUGCCGGAUCAUCCUGCGCAGCUAUGACGCCUGCGACACACUGAGGCCCCGAGACAUCACCUUCGACCGAGAGCUCGUGGACCCCGUGGUGGCUGCAGGAGCUUUAGUCACCAGUUCGGGGAUUAUCUUCUUUUCCAACCCAGCCCAUCCAGAGUUCCGAGUGAACCUGACCCUGCGCUGGAGCUUCAGCAAUGGCACCUCGUGGCAGAAGGAAAAGGUCCAGCUGUGGCCCGGGCCCAGUGGCUACUCAUCCCUCACGGCAUUGGAGGGCAGCAGGGCUGGGGAGAACCAGGCGCCGCAGCUGUAUGUGCUAUACGAGAAAGGCAUGAGCCGCUACACCGAGAGCAUCUCCAUGGCCAAGGUCAGCAUCUAUGGCACACUCUGAGCCCGGCCUCGACGCCGGUGGAGCCACCCUCCGUGGGACUCUGAGACUCUGCAGAGUCAGCUGCUCUGCCCUGCCGGAGAAGCUGCCCCACAAGGGCGAGGAGAGCACUUUCUUCAGCCACGCCAGAAGCGCCGCCUUGCGAUGCCCUCCAGUCUGGUGCCUCCCAGGUCGAGCCAGAUGGGGCUGCACAGCCGUGACUGUGAACUCAGGGAACCAAGGGGCCAGGCUUCUUCUGACCCAGCUCCAGCUUUGGAUCAGGGUCGGUGAAAGUCAGCGCGGGCCAGAUGUUUGGUUUCAGGUCAGGAACUAGCUACACUACCCUCCCUCUCUAUUUAUGGAUCAGAUGUUUAUAAUGUGACAGUUUUUAAUGAAAAAUUAUGAGCA